CCAAGGACCCUUGUCAUCUAUCAGAGCUGUAAUCAAGAGAUCACUCAUGAAUAGUGCACAGCAAAAUGCCCCGUGGAAGAGCAUCUCGGACUUCUAUUCAAAGUGAACUUCAUCGGGAUAGGAGGCGGCCAGAGAUCACCAUUGUGGCAGCGGAGCCGCUGAGGCCAGCCUCGUGGUUUCCAGGAGGCCCACCCCCAGGCCUGGGAUUUCCCCCGACUCCUGCAGCUGGCCCUUGGAGGCCAAAUGAGCUGGUUCCUGCUGAGCUCCCACCCUCUUAUGAACAAGUCAUAAAAGAAAUCAACCAAGUUCAAGUUAAUACUACAAACAAUAAUAAUGCUGCUGCCCCUCCAAGGCACACUAUUACUUCUGCAACUCAGACGGACUUUUUAGAAGAAAUAGACAACCAUCUGCCUCAAACACUACAGGCACCACUCAAGCCUCUGCAGCCUCUGCCAACAGCCUCAUGUGGCAAACUUCCAGCAAAUGUAGCGCCUUUAAUAGUCUUCGAUAUUUCUGAAGAACAGAAUUGUCCAGAAAACACCAGUACUACAAGAUGUCCUGUGCCAAGACCAAGAUCAAAAAGCAACCUCAGGCCAGUAGUUAGAGAUACUAACAUUAAAGAAAAAAGUCACCAGAAAAUCAGUCCCACAAUCCCAGAAGAGGAGUCUUCCCUAGGCCAGCCCCAGUCUCUGUCGGAUAAUAACAACGACUUAGAGAGUCAGACAGUGAUGAACAUUAUGAACACAGAACAAAGCCAAAAUAAUAUUGUUUCAAGGAUCAAAGCAUUUGAGGGUCAGACAAAUGCAGAAACCUCAGGCCUGACCAAGAAACCAGAAAUCACUCCUCGUACACUUCCCCCAAAGCCUGCUGUUUCCUCAGGGAAACCCUCUGUGGCUCCUAAACCAGCUGCUAACCAAGCUUCUGGAGAAUGGGAUACAUGGACUGAAAACAGACUCAAGGUGACCCCCAGGGAAGGGUUCACCUCCUACUCUUCACCACAAGAAACAGGGAGCACCCUGGUAACCAAACCUGAAUUGCCAAAGAAACCAACUCCUGGCCUUAUACGAAGUGGUAAUCAUGAGAUUUCGGGAGGAGGGCCCAUGGUGGAGAGUCCUGGUGUUGGGAAGAAAGUCCCAACUCCUGCUCCACGGCCUUUGCUGCCAAAGAAGUCAGCUUCCUCGGAAAACCCUCCCUGCCCUUCAGCUCCACCUAAACCAGUCCCUGUGCCUCCCCGACUCUCAGUAGCAUCACAAGCCAAAGCAUUCAGGUCACUGGGAGAAGGGCCCCCAGCCACUCCCCCAGUUCCAGCUCUUCAAAGCAAGCCCCUGGGGGACGUCGACCUCAUCAGCUUUGAUGAUGAUGUUUUGCUCUCCUUAUCUGGGAACCUGGCUGAAGAAUCUGUUGGUUCAGAGGUGGUUCUAG